AGAGAUAUGAGCUUUUAUAUGAAUAAACCGAAAGAGCCGAUAUGAGAAGAGAGACGAGGAGCUGACAGCGGCGCUGAGACUGAAAGUGAGAUGGACGUGCGGAUCCCUGUAGACGAGGAGCUCAAUGAGUCUGAAGAGGAGCCGGUGACAGGUCUGUCUGCGUCUGAGUUCACCUGUCACUGCUGCUACCAGGUGCUGGUCGACCCAACCACGCUCACCUGCGGACACAGCUUCUGCAGACACUGCCUGGCCAACUGGUGGGCGUCCGCUCUGCCCCGCGUCCGCACCGACUGCCCAGAAUGCCGAGCGGUGUGGACAGACUUUCCCAAAGUCAACAUCCUGCUCCGGGAUACGGUGGAGAAGCUGUUUCCCGCUGAAGUGAGCCGACGGAAACAGGCCAUCCUGAGCGAUCCAUGGUUCUGUCGUGUUCUCCAGGCCUUCCAGCAGCACGGGAGGAGACAGGCCCCUCACGCAGCUCCGCCACAGAACCCACGGCCGAUCAACAUUGGAGAGUUUUACUCUGGAGUGGUUACAGCGCUGACUUUCAUGGCCAUGGUGGUGUUAUUGUACCGUGGGUUCAGUAAUGACUCCAGUCAUGAGGUGCUGCUCAGUAAACCGCUCAGCAGGUGGAACACUGAUGAUGUCACUCUGUGGGUGGAGCAUCUUGGUGUCUGGACCAAUCAGUAUCAAGAAACAUUCCGUAUGGAGAAGAUCAAUGGCAGGUUAUUGUCUGCUCUCAGCAAUGAAGAUUUGUCUGUGGCUCCAUUCAGCAUCGAAAAUCAGUCUCACAGACAGAUCAUCCUGGAAGAGCUGCACAGACUCAAAGGAACCAGAGUCUCACUGAACUUCUGGCAGUACAAGGAUCUGUAUUUAGGGAAGACUUUGUUCCUGCUGAUCAGUCUGAGGAACUUCCCGCGUCUGACGCUGCUCUACCUGUUCCUGUUCAACUAUGAAGAUGUGUUUCUGCCUUUCAUUCACACUUGCUGCCCGGCGACACCAGACGCUCCCACUGACACGCCGCUGCAGGAUUGGCCGGGCUGGUGUCAGUGGGCGGAGUUUCUGCUGAUGUACUUCCUGUUGCCCUAUCAGCGGCAGGAAUCAUCAUUGACGCUUCCCAAGUUAUUUUGGCUUCAGAUGUUUGCAGUGUUGUUCAACACAUCUGUGUUUGUGCUGCCGUGGCCGCUGGUGCCUCUGUUCAUCAUUAAUAUUGAGAUCUACGUCCAGCUGUACGUCUGCCCCUUCAUCAGUGCAGUGCUGGUCAAACGAACACUCCUGCCUAAAGACACACAGCACAGGCCCUGA